CGAUUCCCCAGAUGGGGAGACAGCGCAACAUAAGAGGAGGAGGUUGUGGCGUAUCGCGCACAGAUCAACCAACACUUUGAGCAAACAUGCACACAGCUCUCGGCCUGUCCACCUUUGUCCUGUCCGCGCGUGCCUUCUCCCCAGGCUGCGGGGACGAGUGCACCCCCUUCUGGGCGCUCUCGUGUCCGAGCAACGACCCGACUUGUCUCUCGACUUACUGCUCGUCCAACUCGUACGACCUGUACGAAACGUGCCUCGCGUGCUGGCAGGCCAACCCCGAUCCCAACGUCGUGACGACGCAGACGUCCCUCAUCUACCAGUACAUCUGCAACCUCGUGUACCAGUGCAGCUUGCGCAAAGUCACUAUCGCUGGCCCGGCCCCGAGCAAUAUCGGGUGUGCUGCCCCCGGUUGGAACGGGGCGGCGAGCCAUGGGAUCACACCUUGGACCGGCUCUGGCGCGCCGCUUGUCUCGUCGACGGCUGGUACGGACUCCGGUGUUGCGGUUACCUCGACGCCUGACACGGGCACCGGUGCCGCAACUGCUUCUUCGACGGCUGGGGCAGGUACCAGUGCGGGAACUGCCGCGUCGAUGGUCGCGACAGGUACCGGUGUAGCGGCUGCCUCCUCCACUGGCACGGGCGCAGCUGUCGUCUCUUCGAGCUCUGCGGCCGGGACAAGCGCGGCUCCUUCGGCGUCGGUGUCGAAGAAUAGCAAGGCCUUCUAUCCUUAG